UGCAUAUUAAAUAAUACGAAUAAUAAUUGCAUAUGAUUGAUAUAUGUAGAGUCUACGCUUAUGAAAAUAUAAAAAAAUGACUAUCUAGUGUCCCGUCAAAGACAACGCGUGGAAGAGGUUUCCUUUUGUGAGAAUGCCUCAAAUCAUGGCAGAGACGUUCGCGAGAGGACUGCUAGACAAGAUAAUGGUAGACGUUCUGGACGUUAUAGAUCGCGACACAGAGGACGGAAAAUCCUGGGAGCAGCACGAGGAAACAGACGAUGCCCAACCGGAAUUUGUGCACAUAUCGCAAACACAAGAACAUAUACACGUGAAUUACAGUAAGGCUGAAGAAAUAGAAUUGAUCGCCAAGAUAGUCCGCGACUUGCACGAUAUACCGAUCGGAGACUCGCGUUACGUGCUACCGCCUUCAUUGUUAGCAUUAGAGAAACAGGUGAAAUGCGCCGUUGACGGUGUGUCGCUCACGAAGGAGGCAACCGACGUCGCCGAAACUCGGCACACGACUCAGGGUCAAGGCGACACGCAUCGGAUUAUACACGCGAUCCUCGAUCACCCACCGAUUGACCCAGCCGAGUCGGCGAAACCGACCUGGAAAGAGAAGGAAGACAAAACGGUUAACGAAGCGACUAGCGUAACCAUCGGUCUGUUGCACCAGCUAAUCGAAGAGCUGGAGAACAAGGCAGUUUCAGUUUACUCCAAGACCGACGCUUCUUCGACCAGUAAAGAACGCAUCGCCAUUUGGGAGGAGAAGGAGGAACAGCUCGUUAGAACCAUCGAGGGUAAUGUUGCCAAUGAGCAAGAAGUUACGAUAGAGACUCUUCGAGGGAGCAAGUCGACUGGUCGUCCUCGCAACAUCGAGCUUGAUGAAGAAUUGAGAUCUCACUCGACUCAGUACGUGGCAUCCAGCUCGAGAGAGGUUGGCCUCGAGGAAAUUCAGAUCGAGAAACGCGGAUCCAAUUCACUAUCGUCAUUGAAGCCAUCGCGCGACGAGGAGCAGAUUCUACCUAUCGACGACGUGGAGAAACGAAAGACACUUGAUGAAUCGAUGAAGAAGAAGAAGAGAAGCUUAGGCAGCAGAUUGAGAAAAUUCUUGCGUGCCGUUUUCAGUCGGCAGAAGAAUUGAUGCGGAUGCUCGGGAGGAAUGUUUGCUUCGCGAUCUAUGUUACAUGACGACGAUCCCCUCGUGGAACGGCUCUUUAAAUGCGUGUUUCAGUAAGGGAAUCAUCUCGUUCAUUCGCAAAUCCAGCGAAUAAAAAUAACCGUAUAGUCAUCAGCUGGUUUCCGUAACUCCGGCAUUCUUUACGACCUAGACGCGACACGUGAAUUUAAAGAUUCUGUACAUUCCUAAAUGUUAACCGCGCAAACAUUAUACGAACGCGCAAAAUUCUGUAAAAUAUAAUAAAAAAAAAUAAAAUAUAAAAUAUAUAAUCUUGUAUCGUGUAUCACGUUCUUGCAAUAGUUGAAGAGAUUUAACGACAAUAGUGCUGCCUAGAGCUUGAUGCAACUUCGAAGGCCAAAUGUAUUUUCGCCUGACGCGUUCACCGGACUCUGCAGAUCUGGCAACCCUGACAUAAGAAUGCUGUCGUCGACGUCGAAACCCCAUUUAUCGUAGCAGGAAAAGGUACCAGCUUCUCGAGGCUUCUCGAAC